AUGGCUGCACCUCCUGUUCCUCCGCGCCCCUUUGACGACUACGACGACUACCGUCACCGAUCCGACUCUCUUCCUCCUGCCGUUCCACCCUUGCCCCCUGACUUCCAUCCAGACGACCGACUUGCUCCCCAUUUCGACGAUCCGCUCGUAGCUCCGCGCCCGCAUAAAUUUCAGCCCGAUCUUCCUGCGAACAUGGCCCGUACCCUCGACCAGCAGGCUGUCCAGGGCCCGUAUCGGGGUAGAUCUCCUCGUCCACCAGGCUUCGCCGUACCUCCAGGGACCGAUCCCCGCACGGUGAGCCCGCUUCCUCCUCCUGUAGGCUCCGACUGGAGUCCGUGGGCGGGUGCGAUGCCUCAGCCAGCGGUGCAACAAGCCCAUCAGCCGUCUUCCCCAUCCGCCUACCCACCGCUCGCGCCGGGACAGCGAAUACGCCAUUCAUCUAUUUCCUCCAACUAUACUCCCCAGCGACCACUGCAGUCGUCGCCCGCACCGACGAACGUGUCUCCGUCGCUGACGGCGCCGAUACCCACGGCAUCGAAUCUCGGCGCACAACUGCCGGCGGUGCAGCAGCCGACGUACGAUCCAGUGCGCAAGAUAGCCUGGCUCAGGGAUGUGCUCUCCCUCUUCGAGCGGUCAAGCGAGCCGUCACCAGAGCUACAACGACUGGUGAACGCAGCACUGCCUAUACUGCUCCAACUGUCGGAACGCGAUCCCCCGAUGGCGGAGGCGCUGUACCUGCUUGCAACGUGCGAGUCGUCAGGCGCGCACGGGCAGUUUGUCCCGCAUAACCCUCGGUCGGCAUUCCGACACUUCGAGCAGGCCGCAAAGGGUGGCUUUUACGCGGCAUGGUUUCGACUCGGUCGCGAUUACGAGACGUUCGGAGAUGCCGCACACGCUAAGCAGUGCUUCGAGCGUGGCGCCAAGCUCGGCGACGAGAGCUGUCUCUAUCGCAUGGGCAUGGCGCAUCUGAUGGGUCAGCUCGGGCUACCAGCGAACUAUGACGCAGCCUUACCGCUAUUGCACCGCGCAGCGACGCUCGCGUCAGUUGAGUCCCCGCAGCCCGCAUACGUCUUCGGGUUACUGCUGCUCGGCGAAUUCACUCAUAUACAGCUACAACCUGCACUCUUUGCGCCGUACGUACCUACAGGCUCGACCCCGGGGGCGGAGGCACGUCGGCACCUCGAGCGUGCAGCGUUUCUAAACUUUGCGCCAGCGCAAUACAAGCUCGGACAUGCGUACGAAUUUGCGCAGCCGCCCUUCCCAUUUGAUGCCCUCCUCAGCGUACAAUACUACUCGCUCGCGAGUCAGCAGGGAGAGAUCGAAGCGGAUAUGGCGCUGAGCAAGUGGUUCUUGUGCGGGGCCGAAGGCGCGUUCGAUAAGGACGAAGGGCUCGCGUGGACAUUCGCGGAAAAGGCGGCUCGCAAGGGUCUCCCAAGCGCGGAGUUCGCAAUGGGCUACUACGCCGAGGUUGGUGUGGGCGGGUCCAAGGACAUCGAUACUGCCUUGAAAUGGUACACCAAAGCUUCAGAGGAUGGGAAUACAGACGCAACGGAUCGCCUCAAGGCGCUCUCGCAACCCUCACCACAGGCGCUCUCGCGCGCGGAGCACGAUAAUCUCACCGACAGUACCCUCGUGCGCAAGCGUACGCAGGCGAAGCAACGUUCUGACGCGCGUCCAGGUGCCCCCCGCGCAAACGGUCAGAACCCCCAAUCGCUCAAUCACGUACGCAAAAGCUCGCUCAUGAGCGCACGACUCGCUGCUGGAUCUGCGGCAGUCGCGGGUGCAGGUGCUGCGUACGCUGCUGCCAAUACUGUAGGUGCUGGAGCUAGGGCCGGUACCGGUGUGGUCGCCGGGGCAGCUGCGUAUGGUGCACCAACACAGGGCAGCUCUCCCAGUAUGGGAGGUAUGCGCCUACCUGCUGUGAACGAGCAGCAACCGAUGCGGGGAAGACCGAUCGCAUCAGGACCCAACGGACCCAACGCUGCCUCUUCUUCCCCACACCACAGUGUAAUGCCUUACCAGCCCUCACAACCGAGCGCCGCUGCCAUCCCUCCUGGGGUCCAAAAUUCGUACCAGCCAUCACGGUCUCCGGCCAAUGCAUCGCCGAUCCCCAGCCCCGUCCCGUAUCAGCCUGCCAACCCGAACAUAGUACCGAACGUACACCCUUUGUCUCCCGCUGGUGGUCAGCGGCCCUUCGCGAACGCCCCGCGCUAUAGCCUUGUCGACCCUGGCUCCUCGUCUGCCUCAGAGACGUCGCCUUCUCCCCGCCUAGGUCUCCCAUCGUCGCCCGUGCCUCGGCCGCAGAGGCAGAAUCAGAACAUGGCUGGUGUUGGUGCGGCUACUCGGCCGGGUCCAUCGGGCUCGCCGGCAGGUGAUGAACCUGAGCCAAAACUGGCGCCUCCACCGCGUCAGACCACGAAGGGGCCGCAGACGUUUGAGGAGAUGGGAUUCACGAGCCAUAAGCUGGAGGACAAGGAGUGUAGGAUUAUGUGA